UCCAAAACAUCUAGCUAUAGGAGCAAGAAAAGGAGAAAGAUGUUUAACUCGGUGAACCUGGGCAACUUCUGCUCCCAGUCGCGUAAGGAGAGGAGCGCUGAGUUUGGAGAAAGGGCAGGUUGCGCUUCUAAUCUCUACCUCCCCAGCUGUACCUAUUACGUCCCUGAAUUUUCAACUGUGUCAUCUUUCUUGCCACAGGCCCCCUCUCGCCAAAUCUCCUACCCUUACUCCACCAACCUCUCGCAAGUGCAGCCCGUGCGAGAGGUUUCCUAUGGGCUAGACCCCUCGAGUAAAUGGCACCACCGAAGCAAUUACGCCUCGUGUUAUUCCGCUGAAGAUCUGAUGCAUAGAGAGUGCAUCCCGCCUUCCACCAUGACCGAAAUGCUAAUGAAAAACGAGAGCGUGUACAGCCACCACCACCACCCCAGCUCCAACCACCCGCCAGCCACGGGAUUCUACACCAGCAUGAACAAAAACACGGUGUUGCCCCAAGGUUUCGACCGCUUCUUUGAAAACGCUUAUUGCGGGGCGGAAAACCCGACGGAGACCUGUCUGCAGAAGGGUGAGGGGAAAGGGGAGGCAGAACCCCAAGCCCACGCACUGUCAUCCCGCGGAGAGCAAGGGAUGGACCCGGAGGAUGAGGAAGAAAACACAAACCCAGGGUCUUCAGCCUCGUCCUCUUCUGUCACCAAGGAAGGAAGCAAAAGCAGCAAUUCGAGUGCUCCCAGAACGAGGAAGAAGAGAUGCCCCUAUUCGAAAUUCCAGAUCAGAGAGCUAGAGAGAGAAUUCUUCUUCAAUGUCUAUAUAAACAAAGAGAAAAGGCUCCAGUUGUCUAGGAUGCUCAAUCUUACUGACCGACAGGUUAAAAUCUGGUUUCAGAACAGAAGAAUGAAAGAAAAAAAACUAAGCAGAGACCGCCUGCAGUAUUUCUCGGGAAAUCCCUUGUUGUGAACAUCUUUUGCCAUCCCCUGUGCUGGCGAAGCGUUGGGUGAGGAGGAGGAGAAGUGGCGAGCGCGGGUUUGCCCUUUGAGUCGACAAAGCAACCUCAAAGUUUAAGCCUUUUCGUUACUUACAUUUCUAUGUCUGGGACAGGAACAAAAGGAGCGAGAUUCUCUUUCAGUUCCCGCUUCAAGGACUUGAAUUCCACGAACAUUUUAUUUAAUUUUUUCCCUUUUUUUUUUUUUUCCAUUUGUUUUCCCCGAACAGGUCGGGAUUGCUCUUUUUUUAAUUAUUAUGAUGAUUUUAAUUGCUAUCACUGCUUAGGCGCCCUGUGCAGUUGAAUCAGCAGUGCUGUGUGUUGCGGUGCUUUCAACCCGCAGCUGUUAUCACAAGAGCGGCCAAAGUCUCCCUGUAGGAUCAAAUCACUUUAUCUGGGGUGAGUGUGUGUGUGUGAAUGUCCUUCUAUGUGUGUGUGUGCGCGCACAUUCACACCCACCCAUUAUUUCCACCUCCUCCGUCCACCCUUUCUAUCUAAAAAUAUAUAUAUAUGCGCAUAUAUAUGGGCGUGUGUGCGUAUAUAUUCUCUGCAGUAUCAUUUCUACAUUUGGAGUCGGGAUGGGGAGUGGGGGGGGGGGAAAUCCAAGCGAAAAUACAUUUACAAUCGUGUCUCUGAAAUGGUUUGUAAAUACAUUUCGUAUAUUUGGUUCUUUUUCUGGAAAUGGGAGACGAAGAACAAGAGGGGCAAAAAAAAUCCUGAAAAAAAAUAGAAUAAUUCAAAACAAAAACCUUUGUGUAUGUAAAGUGAGUCCCCAGGAUACUCUGUGAAAUUCUGUGGCAAAUAAAGACGUUGCAAGCUGUUCUACAUUAUGAUUUUAUUUGACCAUUUUAUUAGAAUUUCCCCUCUUAAAAGCCUCUUUGCGGUCAUUGUGGUGUGGGUUUCUUCUCGAGGAGCUUAAAUACCUGAAUGCAUAGCAGAAAUAUCAUCAUCCAUAUUCAUGGGACUCGCUGCAAUCUGCUCUAAUAGGACUGAUAUUAAUACGAACCCUCCACCUUGGGUGUGGGAUUCAUUGUAUCACCAGCGAGCUGAAAUUUAUAGGAUUUUUCUUGGCCCAGUAAUCCUGCCCUGAUUUUGGCUCCAGAUGCCUUCCGCUCUUUUCCGGUUCUAGUUAAUCUUCCUGCAUUUGCCUGAGAACAAUAUAUUAGUCUUCUUUAUUUUCAAAAAAUAUAUGAAUGAAACUCUAAUUACACCGAGA